CUGUGCUACUUUCAACCAUGCCGAUUUGAAGUUAUGUGUUUAUAAAUGCAAAAUGCAGUUGUUUCGAUAUGUAAAAUGAUAUAAAUAAAACUCUGUUCCUAUUUAAUAUGAAAUAAAAAAUAAUGCAUAAAGGCACUUCUUAAUUUAAUUCUUGUCCGUAACUACUAUUUAGAAUGUCACAUCAGCUGGGCCGUGUUGUUUCUGUGAUUCUCCAGAGAUAUUUUGGCGAGAAUGUACAGAAAGUUGGCGACGAUUUAUUUACAUAUGGCAGUAAACCCAUUGCCUUAUUAGUGAAGAGUACUGAUCUUUCCAGAAUUAAGGUGGUAGAAAGUCUCCGAACGUUACUGAAGUAUGAUUUGGCAAUGUUUGAACCAACUCCAAAUGAAGUAAUUGCAGAUUACAGAUUAAUUCCAGAGAAUGUGCUUUUGAUGAUUCGAUAUCCAAGGUAUUUACUACAAAUUAAAACGAAGUACGGUAGUGAAGCAGAAAUAUUGAUUGAAGAGUUGUUGCAAAAGGCAUGUUCCACUGCUACCGUGCUAUUAGUCUCCAUUGCUGUUAAAUAUAAAGAUGACAAGGAAAAGAACAUGACUAUAGUGAAACUAAAAGAUAUAUUUAUAAGUCUGAUAACCGCUGGUUACAUACAGCAAGCAUCUGUAGCUGAGCUGAAGGAAGGCAGCGAGAUACCGACACUGGUGCCCGUCGCAACUAUAACACCAGAGAUUGAUGUACGAGCUCUCAUUAAAAUUAUGAAUUCUGGAAAUUUAGCUGAAAGUAGUGAUAAUGUGUUCUGGAAAGUUAAUUACGACAGGUUCCAUCAGGAUAUCCGCGACGAAAUCAUGAUCAAAGCAAUCACAAGACGAAUAGAUGAAAACGCCGGUGAGCUUCUUCGUCAUAUGCUGCAGCACAUGUACCUGACGUCUCCGGCGUGGGCUGCAGAGUCUACCUUAGUGCCGGCCGUGGAACUGAGGGAGGCUUGUCUCCGGGCCGCUGCUGACAAGCCCCUCUUGAAUCAGUAUUUCGAUCAAUAUCUAAAGGUCUUGGAGGAGAGCGGGUGCGGCACGGUGCGCGCGGACGCGGGGGGGCGGGGGUACAGCGUGCGGGGGGCGGGCGCGGCGCGGGGGUGCCUGCUGGCGCUGCUGGAGGGGCUGGUCACGGAGAGACUGGGCUACAAGGCCGCCAGGAUAUUCAGAAUAAUUCUCGACAAGAAAUAUAUAGAAGAGGAUGACGUACAAAAAAACGCCAUGCUACCGAACAAGGAAUGCAAAGAGCUGUCCUAUAAACUUUUAGAAGAGCAUUUCAUUAGUUUACAGCCAAUGAGGAAAACCGCGUCGGCCGGCGGCAUGAACAAGGCCGUCUAUUUGUUCCAUAUUAAUCUACACGACGUGGCACACACAGUGCAGGACAUGUGCUACAAGGCUCUGGGCAACGUGUUGCGACGCGCGUCCCACGAGCGGGCGGCCCACGCGCGGCUGUUGGACAAGCAGCGCCGCGUGCGCAGCAUAGUGCACGGCAUGAGGCUGCGCGCCGAGCCGCAACAGAACAUCGAUGACGUUGAAGAAACGCUGACCCCGUCCGAACUAGCAGUACUGCAGGGCGUCGAGAAACGACUCAAACAGCUCAGCGCCGCUGAAUUAGAAAUCGAUAAAAAUCUAUUUAUACUGAAGUGGUACUUUAUGUAUACGCAUUGAAUGCUGUUUUAUACAAAAAAAAACAUUUUUAUCGAGCGCUAAAGAGCGCUUUAUCGAUUAAUUAUUUAAGAUACGACUCUGUAAACAAACAAAAAAAGUGUUUCGUAUUUCUAAACUGUUAAGACUGUUAAAUAUUUGUUAAGCGUUAAUAAAUUAAUAAAACUUGUAUUUUUA